GUCGGCAGGUGGUCGGUCGAGAUGGUUGAUUAGCAGUCGGAGUCUCUCCGCAGCGCGAGACAUGUUGAAUCGGGUUGUAUCCCGGUGUGAUCCGGUAAACAGCGAUAUGGAGUGGAGGUAGCAGGUGACCGGGCAAAGGGCAGACUGACAACAACCACUCCACCGUCACCCACUGCGGGUUAUGAGAGGGAACCGGAAGACCCGCUGCGUGGUGUUUGAUGUCAGCUUGCAUUCCCCUCCGGUGUCGACAGAGGAUCCUCCUCCAGCCUCUGUGAACUCUUCUCCCCGCCACACAAACGACAUUUUGGGGGUUCGGUCUCCAGCUCUCCUUCCUCACACCCCACACAUUUCCCGGUGUGUGUCGGAGGAUAAUAACGUUUUUAUCAGUGUUUGGGAACGAAACCGACCUCGGACUGAACCGUGCUCCUUCAGUGGGCGGAUAAAGCGGAGGAGGGCAUCCGGGCCUGGCUGCUCCGGAGAGUCGACUUCAAACGACGGAAUUCACCAUUUUCAGGCUGCACUUGCCCUGCUAUGGAAAAGAUGAAGAGAAUAAAGAAGCGCCUUUCGUUAACUCUGCGCUCCAGUCAGACCAUCGACGAGUCUCUGUCUGAGCUGGCCGAGCAGAUGACCAUCGAGGACGGCGGCACCAAGGACAAUGAGCCCUUCAUGAGGAACGGCCGCCCCCCCACCUCCCACAGCAUGCACUCCUUCCUGCACCAGUACACCGGGUCCUUCAAGAAGCCUCCACUCCGCCGGCCGCACAGCGUCAUCGGCGGCUCCCUGGGGUCCUUCUUGGCAAUGCCACGCAACGGAAGCCGCCUGGAUAUCGUGCAUGAGAACCUGAAGAUGGGCUCCGACGGGGAGAGCGACCAGGCGUCAGGGACGUCUUCAGACGAGGUGCAGUCUCCCACCGGCGUCUGUCUGAGGAACCGCAUCCACCGGAGGAUCUCCAUGGAGGACCUCAACAAGCGACUGUCGCUGCCGGCUGACAUCCGAAUCCCCGACGGGUAUCUGGAGAAGAUGCAGCUCAGCAGCCCGCCCUUCGACCAGCCGCUCAGUCGACGCUCCCGCAGAGCCUCGCUGUCAGAGAUUGGUUUCGGCAAGUUGGAAACGUACAUAAAGCUGGACAAACUGGGAGAGGGAACAUACGCGACGGUAUUUAAAGGACGCAGUAAGCUGACGGACAACCUGGUGGCGCUGAAGGAGAUCCGGCUGGAGCACGAGGAGGGAGCGCCAUGCACCGCCAUCAGAGAAGUGUCGUUACUGAAGGACCUCAAACACGCCAACAUCGUGACACUUCAUGACAUCAUCCACACUGAGAAGAGCCUCACACUCGUCUUCGAAUAUCUGGAUAAGGACCUGAAGCAGUACAUGGACGACUGUGGAAACAUAAUGAGCAUGCACAAUGUGAAGAUCUUCCUGUUCCAGAUUUUGCGAGGGCUGUCUUAUUGUCACAAGAGGAAAGUUCUCCACAGGGACCUGAAGCCCCAGAACCUGCUCAUCAACGAGAAAGGAGAACUCAAACUGGCUGAUUUCGGUCUGGCGAGGGCCAAGUCUGUGCCGACUAAAACCUACUCCAACGAGGUGGUGACUCUCUGGUACCGGCCUCCUGAUGUUCUCCUGGGAUCCUCUGAGUAUUCAACACAGAUCGACAUGUGGGGUGUUGGUUGUAUAUUCUAUGAGAUGGCAGCAGGUCGGCCCCUGUUCCCCGGCUCCACAGUAGAGGACGAGCUCCACCUCAUCUUCAGGUUACUCGGUACACCCACAGAGGACAACUGGCCGGGAAUCACCUCCAUCGAUGAGUUUAAAUCCCACAGCUUCCCCAAAUACAAACCACAGCCGCUGAUCAACAACGCUCCCAGGCUGGACAGCGAAGGCAUCGAGCUGCUGCUGUCUUUUCUCAGAUUUGAAUCUAAGAAGAGGAUUUCAGCUGAGGAGGCCAUGAAACAUUCCAACUUCCGGCAGCUCGGGAUGAGAGUUCAAACACUGCCUGAGAAUGUAUCAAUAUUCACUUUAAAAGAAAUGGAGCUGCAGAGGGACCCUGGCAACAGGAGCUCCUCAUACCCAGAGUCAGGUAAUAGCAAGAUCAACAGGAGGCAGAGCAUGCUCUUCUAAUGUCAGAUGAAGAGGAUGUCAAACUUCAUGAUCCCUUGCCAACGACCUCACGCAUGAGCCCACCUCCCCUCGGGUGACCCCUCCUCCCUCUUACCUGCACACACACACACACACACACACACAGAAAUACACACACACACACACACAGAAAUACACACACACACACACACACACACACACACACACACACACCCCUCAGAGCGAGUGACUCUGGGCUGUAUCUGUUUGGAGACUGUGUUUAUUUAUUAGGAGGGAGUGAGGUGGAGUCUUUUGCUGCUAAACUACUACUGUCUGUAUUUAACACACCGUAUGUGUGUGUGUACAUGAUGUAAACUCGAGACGCCAUGCACAGUUGAGCAGUCAGAAAGGUUACUUUUGUUCUCUUCUGACUAAUAUUCUCCGGCUUCGUUUGAGUUAAAAUCCCACUGAUGUUGACGCUGUGAUCCAAGUUGUUGUUCCUGUUCAGUCUCUUCAGAUAUUUUUAUUUAUAAAUAUGUAUAUUGGACUUUUUUUUUUUCUUCGAGCUUCCGUGACUGAAAUCUACAACAUUUCAAGGUUUAAAAGACUUGGUGGGGGAUAAAAUGCAUCUUCUGGAUUAUUUCUUGCCGUUUUCUCAAAAACAUUUCAGUUGACUAUUCUUUUGAAAGCUCCGCAGCCCCCUGGGUUUACACUGAGAGUCAAAAAGCAGACUGUGAGCGGAUCGGAGUAACACUUUUAAUCUGAGGGUUAAACAAGCACACACACAGACAAACUCGAAGAACAAGAAACCAACUUUUUUUGACCAUUCUGGCUCAGCAACGGAAGCUAAACUAAGGAGUAGAGGUCAGUAUCAGGUGGGAAGACAAGCCAAAAGGAUGGAUGCAAGAGGACGAAUACUGGCACUGAAAAGGAAGCCAUGUGAUGUCCCACAGAUGAAAAACCCUCACAGAACUGCCAACUUUAGUGCUUUUAAAAAAAAUGCAAGCAACACUUUGUCCCUCGGCGUACAUUUGUAGAACUCACUGCAGUAACUCUUUGUGUUUAACUUGGACUUCAGUGUGGUUAUUUUUUUUUACUUCAGGGACUUGUGCCUUGACACGGCCGAGUUUACCCAACAGUAUUAAGUUGUAUUUUGUGUGUGUGAACUUUGACCUCUUCUUGUGAAACUACAGAGUCGUUGUGGCAUGUUUUUUUCGCAGGGGUUUUGGGGUUUCGGUCUUCAAACUAAAUGGUUGUUUUCCACUUGGCGUCGGACCAUUGCUCUCUCCAGCAUUUGUAGCCUACUAAAGAAAAAAAAUAUUUAAAGUUGAAAUGUUUAGAUUUAACUGAAAGCUGACAGUGAAGCAGGUUGAGAAGUCUCUCUAUUCAUUGUAUUUUUCACUGAAGUGUCUGUUUGUACUCUGCAUUCCUGGUUUUUAUUUAAUUGCAGGGAAUAUGUCUUAUUCCUGCGGACUAAUGAAGUUAUUGUCACUUCAUAGUCGUUUUUCAGGAGCUAUUUGAUACGUAAAUUAUUUGAUAUGUUGUGGUAAUAGACUUAUUUGCUUUCUUUUAAGAAUAAGGUCUGAAGAUAAAAGAGUUGGUACAACAAAUAUAAAGCUAGCAACGUUAGCCUGUUAGCUUAGUUUAGCACAAAGAAUAAAACCAGGGAUAGUCAAUUAUUAUUAUUUUUAAACAAACCAAGGUAUUAGUGUAGUUUAAGAGGUUAUGUCAGAAUGUGUUACUUCAAGAAAAGUAAGCUCGUUCCACGUCUCUAAGUUUUUAUGCUAAGCUAAACUAGCUUAGCUCGCCUCGGCUACAUAUUUAUUGUUGCUACAGACAUUAGUGUUUUUGUUUUUAUAUUUUCAUAUAAUUUUCGCUAACAAAACAAACUAGUCUAAUUCCUAAAAAUGUCAAACUAUUCCUCAGAAUAUGUGUGGUUGGCAUCAAAUCGCCUGCAGUAAAUAACAUCAGGAAUGCAUGAACAACACAGGUAAAACGUGAAAGUUAGAGGAGAUUUAAGUUAGAUUUGUGUUACUGUUGUAUCUUGGGCUCAACAUCAACAUGAAAAUUAUGCAUAGGCCUACUGUCGGUUGAGGAGUAAAGGAUCUAAUUAGGUAGAACCUUUAUAUAUACAGUCUAUGGGUAGAACAUGCUAGAAAAGUGCUGGACGUAUUAAUACAAUUGGUUUAACUUUGUUAUUAACUGAGAGCAUUAAUGUGUUGGACGUUUACACAGUUUGCAGCUAAAAAUGUAAUAAUCCUGUAAACAUGCUAUUUUUUUUUCAUUUCAAGGCGGAAAUUAUGAGCUACUAAUUUGAUCAAUUAAAACCAACACAACCGAACAAUUGAAGAUAGAAGAUGCCAUUUAAGUUUUGGAUAACAUAUAAUGUAGGCUAAGUUAUUGUGUUAACAGGAAAAGUCUGACAAUGUAUUAAAUUGACCCUUUGCCCCAUGAAUGGAGAAAUCAGGUCACUUUUCUUCCCCUCAUAUUGCAUUUCAUGUAAAAUGUAUGUACUCUUUAUUCAUGCUUAAUAAGUUAUGACUUACACAACCAUAACUAAGAAAAACUUCAGGAUAAAUUAUGUUUAACUGCAAACUGUGUUUUUAUUAUCAGUUUAUAUGUGAACGACAGUGACAUGCACGAAAGGAGAUUUCUACAAUGGAUUAAUAUUUAUCAUUGUAAAACUGUAAACUUUUUUCAAAUGUAUGAAUGACCUGAAUUUAUGUGAACAUGUUUGAAUGUGCACGUAUGUGUGUGUGUGCUCGAUGCAUGGAAUUCUACUUCUGUAAUACUGAGCCACCGUGAAGUUUGUGUGUGUGACCCCUUUUUACUGGAACUAUUUAUUUCUCAUAACCAUCGAAAGUAAAUUUAAUCUGUUUCAUAAA